AUGUUCGAUCCUCGUCCGUGGCUGCUUUACUGCCUAUACACCGCUGCGCUCUUUUUCUCCGUACCUCUGUCACUGGCUGUUUGGUACAUCAGAAGAGAACUUAUCCAGGAGACAACAGUCGUCGGCGACUCUCAGCUCGGUGGCCUCUCCAGUAGAUCCUCCGAGAACGUCGGUGUCGAUACCGCCGCCGUCAAGCGCGACUUUGAAAUCCGCGUUGACCACUAA